AUGGUUAGGACAGAGAUGAUGGGAGAGAGAGAGAGAGAGAGAGAGAGAGAGAGAGAGAGAGAGAGAGAGAGAGAGGAAAGGAGCCAGAGAGAGAGAGAGAGAGAGAGAGAGAGAGAGAGAGAGAGAGAGAGAGAGAGAGAGAGAGAGAGA